UUCUGCCUGCGUCAUUUCACGCCGGGAUUUGUCGUACAAGGUCGUCAAGUGCAGAAUAAGGCACAGAGAGAGUGUUCUUGGAACUCCAUAGGAACUUACUUCAUCUGCCAUGGCCAGAGGCAGUCGUAGUAGACCUUCUGCUUCUUAUAGCCACUCUGCUCCUUCUCCACCCACUGUUCAGCCAGCACAUGCACCUCCAUCUGCUGUGGCUGCGGCCUCCUCUCAGCCAAAACAGCCAGGCCUCAUGGCACAGAUGGCCACCACGGCAGCUGGUGUGGCCGUAGGAUCAGCAGUGGGCCAUGUUGUUGGCGGUGCUUUGACUGGAGCCUUCAGUGGCAGUAGUACCUCCGAUCCAGUGAAAUCCGGGGCACCCCAGGAUGUGCCCAGGCAGCCUGCUUAUCAGCAACCCCCAAACCCUUGCCACUUAGAAGUAAAACAGUUCUUGGAUUGUGCCACCAACCAGAAUGAUCUUUAUCUCUGUGAGGGAUUCAGUGAAGCACUUAAGCAAUGCAAAUACACCCAUGGUUUGUCGUCUGUCAUGAUGUGAGAGUAAAUUCAGCAAUGGUGAAAGGAAAAUGAAUGUAAUCUGAAACUGGCUUACCAUAAUGUUAGAUUUUAGCAACAUCAUCUUCCCUUUUUCUGGUAGCUUUAUUUCAAUUGCUUUUUGUACAGGAAGUUAUAAAUUAUAUGAACUGGAUAGUAAAAGUGUUUAUUGCAGUUGUACCUUUUAUGUGUGUACAUUAACUUCUGGCUUUUAGAAAAUUAUAAUUUAAACAAAUCUGCCCUAAUUGUUUGUGUUCUUAUUUAUGUUGAUUAUAUCCACACUUGUGUAGUUGUCAUGGUUUCAGUAUAUAUAUUCUAACUUCAGUAGACUAGCUGUAAUGUGCAAUAAUACUGCAGAACAACAGACUUAAAGAAUGUUUGCGGCAAAAUAUUUUAAUUGUAGUGCUAUCUAGAAAAGGUUAUGUUGACUGGUUAGUAUAAUAAAAGUAAUAUGGAAUCCUAAUUUUGAAAAUUAUAGUUUUAUCAUUUUUUCUAUGUGCGCUUAAAGCAGGUUGCUGGUGACAGCUGGGAGAUGAACUAAAGAGUCCUAAUUUCUACAGACCUGGGCUGCUUCAUGUAUUUAUUAAUUGAACCUUAUGAUCAAUGAAUUACUUUUAAAACUGUAAUAUACAGGAGUG